AUGACACUGGCAGGAUCCUGCAGGAUGGUCGGCGCCUCCUCCGCGAGACUGGCCCUGCUGGCGGGCAUCGCGGCCAGCGUUACGACGGGCGCGCCCGGGUCCGCGGGCGGAGCCCGCACGGAGGCGGACCUCGACCACUCGCUGAUCCAGGUCAGCAUGCACGGGGAGGGUGAGCGCCAGGGCUCCAGCCUGACGGGUGUGACCUUCGGCCAGGUGGCGGCCGAGGUUGGCGCGAGCCAGGACUACCUCCUGGUCGGGUGGAGGAACGGCUCUCCACGCGAUCAGAUCAGCACGGCCCAGUGGGAGAGCUGGACCUGGAGCAGGAGCGGGUGCAACCCGUACCCGACCGCUGGAGGGGAUUGGUCGGUGUGUGGCCCCUUGGACACGACCAACACUCCCAGGGAUGUCUUCUUUCGCUCCGGCUUCUACUACCUGGUGUGGAGCAUGGAUAGCAUGAGCGUGCUCGAGUUCUACCCUUUCACGUCCCAGACUUCUGUGGGGUCACUGACGCCGAACUCUCUGUCGGUCAACUCUAUGAGUUGCGUGGGCCCGAGCGGCGACUGGAACGACGACGGCAAGAUGUAUCCCAUCCGCACCGUUCGCAACGGGAGGUACUACUCGCAUUUCUGGGUUGGCGGGCUGCAGUGCGGCACGCAGAGUGCUACCCUUGAGGUCAAGGCCUGGCCAGACUGCUUUGAGCUGUACCUCACCUCGACGGCGACGGGGGACUCCGUGCAGGUCGACGUCACCUUGGGGGCGUUCAGUACCUCUGCGACUGGUACCGGCGAAGCGAGCCUUGGGUUCUGCGUAUCAACUGACGGCUCUCUCUCCGAGAAGUGGGCGUCGACGCCGACGCCGACGCCGCCAGCCACUCCCGCAGACGAAGGCGUCGCAGUCUGCGUUGGCUGCCCCACGACCUGCCCUGCGACCCUGACGAUCGCGAGGGUGGUCCACUGGGCCUGGGGGGGGACGGGCUUCUACUUCUGCGCCCUCCCCGAGAAUGUCCCAGAGGGCUGCCCUGGGGCCGGCACGACUCUGACCGGGGCGGACGUGCCGUCAGGACUCACCAUGGUUGCAACCGGAGCGAGGAACAGUGCACCAAAUCAGGCCUGGGCGUGCUCCGGUGGAGCCGAGUCCUACAUGUUCAAUCUGGAGCCAACCGCUACCAUCGGCUCCGGGUUCAACCCCAGACGGGACAUCGUCUUCAACCAAGCUUUCGGUGGCGGACUGACGGUCUCUGCAGACGGGGCUGGAUGGCGCGUGGCGCUUCCUGACGGCCAGGGCACCAGCUGGUUGGUGAACAGCCAGUUUUCGGUGAGCCUCACUAACUCGAACGCGGAGUCCGCCGUCUUCCGCAUGCUGUUCCACGACGACCAGCCUCGUGGCAUCACCGGUGUCAAUGUAUUCCUUCGCAACGCGACCUCCUCAGAGCCUUCUGGGCAUCACGUCCAGAUCAGCAAGAACUGGCACACCACAAACGGCCUGGGAGAGGGGUACGCGCCCUACGACGGCCGCUGGCUCACGCCAGCGACGGUUGUGCGACUGCCUCCACAGAGCAGUCUGACGAUGGAACUAGUCUUCGUGUACCAGUUUUUCCACUCUCUUUACUCGGUCUCCCACGCGCAGCUCAGUCUGAUAGGUUGGGGCUCCAGAGCAGGCAACGGACUCUGGGAGCAGGUCGGGCUGGGCUCCAACGGUGAAACGAUCACCUUCAAUCCGGACCCAGCAAUGACGCGAACCACGGGUGGCCUGGACAUCAGGCCUUUCUUGGUCUGCGGCAUGAACUCGGCGCACGGCCAGUGUUUAGGCGACGCUGAACGCACUCAGUGGACGGAGAAUCAUGGCGGCCAAGAGUUCCUUGCCGUUUUUGGCACGACAGGCAACUACCAGUAUCUCACCGGGCUAGAGUCCUACCACGUCAUGAACGGCCCCAAGCUAACCAACGCUUCGUGGAUCGGGACGACCGUGGACGGUGGCAUCAAGCGCACAGUGCACGCGUCUACCUGGGCCGUUGACGAUUUUGCGCGCCACCUGCACGUCGUGCGCUACGAGGUACUGAAGGACGUCACUUACCCCCGCUUCGUCGCCUACCACGUCGGGCCCGAGUUCUACAGCUACGUGAUGAGCCCGAAGUUCGUGUACGGGGACGGCAACGGCAAGCUGUCGGACGUCGUGGAUGUGCCCACGAUGUCGGGCGGCUCGCAGUACGAGAACGAAAGCUGGACCGCGUGCACGGUCCCGCCGUGCUGGUUCGCCCUCCUCUCCCCCGCCUACAACGAGGGGCGCGCGACCCAGGACAUGAACGCGCACCGCGGCCUGGUCGUGCGCAAGUGGAAGGCGAAGCUGGGCGGGGCCGACCGCCCUGCCUCGGAGGGCCCCAGGUUCAUGCUCACGCAGGGCGAGUGGACGUCCAACGGCCAGGGCCUUCAGAUUUCGCCCCCCGCGGGCUUUGAUAGCCUACAGGCCGGCGACUACAUCGAGGCCGAGUUCGAGUUCUUCUUGUACCCGAACUCCUCUGAGGUCUACUACGGCACGAACACGAAGAUGCAGUCCUGGCUCUCCGACCCCGACGCCUCCUGGAACAUCGCCUGGAAGGAGGCCGUGGCGGGGGACCUAAGCCCCCAGGUGACCGUGGGCACCCUGGAGCGCGCCUACCCCCUUCGCGUGCAGGCGACGAGUGGCGCCCAAGGGGAGGCCCAGUUCCAGGUCGUUGUGCCGGCCGACUGGCCCGCGGUGCUCCCGAUCACCAUCACUGGCGUGAGCACCUUGGGCGGCUCCCUCUACAGGUGGACCUCGGGCGCCUGGUCUAAAUAUGGCGAAGCGGACGGCGACAUGCAAGUUGAGAACGAGUUCAGCCAGAAAGCCCCAGGAUCGCAGGGCCACAGGGACGCGGCGCACUCGGCACCAGACACGUACUCAGUGACAUUCACCGUUCGGCUGGGCUCCGAAACCGAAACGGAAUUGAACUUCGCCUGGGCCACGGACGGAGCGAUCCCGUCGCACACGCCCACCCCGCAGGUGCCGACGGCCAGCCCGACGCCCAGCCCGACGCCCGGCCCGACGCCCAGCCCGACGCCCAGCCCGACGCCCGGCCCGGCGACGCCCAGCCCGACGCCCGGCCCGACGCCCAGCGCGACGCCAGGCCCGACGCCCAGCCCGACGCCUGGCCCUGCGCCGCCCGCGGCGGGCCCGGGGGGCGGGGCGACUGCCACGGGCGACCCGCACUUGGUCAACGUGUACGGGCAGCACUUCGAUCUUUACCAACCGGGCGUCCACCUGCUCCUCCAGGUCCCGCGGGGCGCGGCGCGGAACGCCACGCAGCUGCACCUGGAGGCGCGCGCCGAGAAGUUGGGCGCCUCGUGCAGCGACCUGUACUUCCAGGCCCUCAACCUGACAGGCCUGUGGGUCGAGGAGGAGCUGCACUUCCAGUCCCGCAACCGGACCUCCGAUUUCCUAGAGGCCGCACGGGGGGCCCACGGCAAGAUCCAAGGCGGCCUGCAGUUCUUCGCGGAUUCGCCGGACAAGAGGCCAAAUUCGCCGUGGAUGUAUUUCGGCGGGGUUGGUCUCAAGGUCGUCUGGGGUCACACGGGAUCGGGUAUCAAGUACCUCAACGUCCUCCUCAAGCACGUAAGCAAGGCGGGCUUUCUCAUCGGGGGUCUUCUCGGCGGCGAUGACCACACGAGCGUGUCGACCCCGAGCAAGCAGUGCAAGCACGCGGUCGCAUUAUGGAGCAAAGCUUACACGGACACUCAGCAGGAACCAGACAUGCCCGCAGAUGGUGCAUCGGUUGCGACCUGGGAGUGA